GUUCCACACAAACUGUAAGGGGAAUUAAAUCCUGCAUUGCACCUUCGAUAGACAGGUGGCAUUGGGAUGGUCCUAAGAAUCCUAGAUUGAGAAGGCAAUUUAAGAAUCAAGCCAGCCAAUAUUUAGGGAUGGAGAACACGACCAACCUGUUGUCCAACGGCACAGACGUGGACGGCCUUCCCCAGUAUGUCGGCUUCAUCUGCUGCGGCAUAGCCUCCAUCAUGUUCGGCACCAACUUCGUACCUGUCAAGAAGUUCGAAACGGGUGAUGGCAUGUUCUUCCAGUGGGUGUUGAGUAAUGCCAUCAUAGUCUCGGGCAUAGUGAUCCAGACAAUCCGGCUGUCACGCUUUUACCCCUUUGCCAUGGUCGGGGGCAUCAUUUGGGCAACAGGAAACAUCUGUGUGGUCCCUAUCGUGAAGACCAUCGGCCUUGGCCUCGGUAUCUGUGUCUGGGGCUCCGUGCAGUUGCUCAUCGGCUGGGCCAACGGCAGGUUCGGGCUGGUGGGCGUGGACGCCGAGAUCCCCAACAACAUCACCUUGAACUACGUCGGCGUUUCCAUCUCUUUCGUCAGUACAUUGAUGUAUGCGUUUGUCAAGCCAGAUAUUCAACCUAUUACCAUGGAGUUGACAAUACCAGGACCUGACGAAGAGGCGGCCGACAGUAAGGGGAUCCGCAUGGCUCAACCCAAAGACGGUGACAUGGAAGAAAAUGCCCCUGAAAAACCAAACCCCGGACAAAUGUUUAUAGAAAGAUGGUCACCUGUCAAGAAGAAGAUAAUUGGUAUUGUUCUAGCUGCUUUCUCCGGUAUGAUGUACGCCUUCCAGUUCAUCCCGGCCAGAUAUCUGCAAGAACACGAGAAAGACAACGGUGCCAGUCAGAACUCCAUCGACUACGUGUUUGCUCACUACUGCGGUAUCUACCUCACCGCAACCGUCUACUUCGUCAUCUACACUGUCUUCUUGCGCAACCGGCCCAAGGUGUUCCUUCGGGUGAUCGUCCCGGGUCUAGUGUCGGGUUUGAUGUGGGGGGUAGGGACAGCCUCAUGGUUCAUCGCUAACAAGGCUCUCUCAGACCCCGUCUCCUUCCCAAUCAUCUCUACCGUCCCUAUGGGAAUCUCGCUUCUGAUUGGAGUGGUGGCCUUCAAGGAGAUCAAGGGUCGUCGCAAUAUCAUCAUUGUUGUCGUCGCCAUGACGUGCACCAUAGCUGGGGCGGUAGUGGCCGGCGUCUCAAAGACGUAAUCACAUGACAGCCGCGUCUGGUGUUGGGAGGCAUGAAUACUCGGACUACAACAUGACAUGACGCCGUCUGUCGGGGCUUUACGCUCUUCACCAUUACAACAUCCGGAACUUUCUACUACUAUUGACAUAAUCUCAUCCAAAUUAGGCCCUCCACAUUUUUUUAUGUUUCUCAUCUCCAAACUGUUGUUGAUGAGGGGCGGGCAAGCGGGCGAAAAAGCAAAAAAAAAAGCAAAAACAAGAAAGAAAAAUAAAGCAGUUUGCCAUCUUC